AUGGAGCCACCAAACAUAUCAGAUAAUAAUACAACUACAACUACAACUACAAUAAAUAAUAAUAAUAAUGAAGAAAGAAAGUUUGUCGAAGCUGAGAAAACAAAGACAAGAACAAGAGCAUUAACCAUUGGUAAUUCAAGAAAUGUAACAUUUGACACACAGAAUAAUAAUAAUAAUAAUAAUAAUGGUUGUGGUGAUCAACCUCAACCACAACCACAAAAUCAACAAACAAAUUCACCACCACCAUCAACACAAACACCAAGUCAAAAUGAAUUGAAAACAUCAUCUGAUGAAGCUGUGACAGCUGGUCCAGCAACGACCUCUGUUGGAUCGCCACCAAAGAAGAAGAGUACCAGUUUCUUGUCUACGGUGAAGGCCAAGAGUAAUGUAGUGGUAAAUGCAGUCGUAAAUCCUGUCAGUGGAUACCGUAAGAAUCAAAAAGUCAAUGUCGAGUAUGACUCUGCCGAUAAUGACAACAAUGGAAAUCGAAUCGUCGCCGUCAAGAACAAAGAGAACAAUCAAAUCACUGUAAUCGUUAAUAAUGCCGAACCACCAACCGUUCGAGAUUCACAUGGAUUCGUAGUGGAUCAUUUCAUCGAGGAGCUUCAACGCUUUGAGAAAACAGAGGAAGAGAAAUCACAAAAGAAACUUGAAGAUUGGACACAUUUCAAUGAACAAUAUAAACAUAUUGGAUUAUGUACAAAUCCAAAACAAUUACAUAAAUUAUUAUCACAAGGUAUUCCACAUGAAAUUAGAUUCUCGCUUUGGAAGCUAUACUCUGGAGCAGCAGAGAAACAGAGAAAAGAAGAGAUUGCUCUGUUCAAACAACAAAAGGAGGAAAAGUUAAAGAGAAUCAAGGGAAUGGGAACUAUCAGAGGACUUACACCACCUACACAACGUAAAUCAUAUUACCAACAUCUACAUCACAUCAUCAAGACAUCGAAUAGGUACUCGGUGAGACUCCAAUCGAUACCAGAGAUCGACAAGGACAUUGCGCGUACUUUCCCAGGACAUCCAUUCUUUGAAUCGGACGAAGGUCAAUUGAAGCUAACCAGAGUAUUACAAGCCUAUUCCAUUAGAAAUAGAAAGGUUGGUUAUUGUCAGAGUAUGAAUAUCGUUGCCGGUUAUCUUUUAUACGUUAUGAAAAAGAAUGAAGAGGAUGCAUUCUGGUUACUAUCUACGAUUGUCGAAGACUAUUGUUCCAACUAUUACUCUACCAAUUUACUUGGUGCCCAAGUAGACAUGUUGGUAUUCGAUCACCUUACACUUACUCAUCUACCAAAUCUCUACAGUCAUCUCGCCAAGAAUGGUGUUUCACUUACAUUGUUAUCAACUAAAUGGUUCAUGUGUUUAUAUAUUGGUAUUUUACCAAAUGAAAUUGUAUUAAGAAUAUGGGAUCAUUUAUUUGUUGAAUGUGGAAUCUAUGGAUAUGAGAAACCAAAUUCAGAAUCAGAGUGGUUGGAGAACAAAGAUAUUGAACAUAAAUGUCUAGGUGUUGCUAGUUACAACCUAUUGUUAACUGGUUUAGCUAUUCUUUCUUUUAUGGAAGAGGGUUUACUAAAGAUUAAUUCUACUCCACAGAUAUUGAUGCAUCUUUCAAACUUUGUAAAGGGAAUAUUCAAUGCUAAAAAGUUAUUCAAGAAAUAUAAUUAUUGGCGCGAAAAAAUAAGUAAAGAAUCAUUUUCAGAGUUAAAGAUAAAGUCAGAGGAAAAGUUAAUUCAGGAACUUGAAGAUAUGAGAAAGAUAAGAGAUUUAACUGCAACCGCUAAAAUAACAAGAUUCUCAAAAUCAGAUUUAGAAAAGAUAUGGGUUGGAUUUAGAAAUUUGAAUCUAAGUAUGAGUUCAAGUCGUGUCAGUAUGGGUAAAUCAUUGAAAUUGGAUUUCAAUAUCUUUAAAAAGGUGUUCCAAUAUAUUAUGCCUGGACUCGAUACCAGUAGCAAAGAGAUUCUUGUGCACCAGCUGUUCAAGGUAUUCGAUAAGAAUAAAGAUGGAUCGUUGGAUUUCACAGAGUUGAUGAGUGGACUAUGUAUUCUGGCUAAAGGAACAUCAGAGGAACGUCUCAAGCUGUAUUUUUCAUUCUUUGACAGCGAUAACAGUGGAUUCGUAACAAAGGAGGAGAUGAAACUGAUGCUACAGACCGUCUAUGAGAAGAUUGAGUUGGAUCCAUUGGCCGUCAUGCAAUACACUAUCGAGGAGUAUGUCGAUAUCGUAUUCUCCAAUCUCGGUAUUGAAGACGACCAACUGUCAUUCGAUAGCUUCCGACAAGCCAUUCUCAGUUAUCCACGUAUCUUCCGAUGUUUCAUGUUGGAAGAAGAGACAUUCAUCAUCGAAGACUUUGAAGAUGAUGAUAAUAAUAAUAAUAAUCAAUCGGAUGUCAAUGUCAAUCAACAGAGUGGAUCAAGUGAUGAAGAUAGUUCCGAUAACAACAACGAAGAGAAACAACCUAAAUCAAGAAGUAAACUAAACUUUGGUCAGAAACCAGUUAAUCAGGUGAAGACUUCCACUUUUAAGUCAUCAUUGAUCCAAGCCAUUGAGAAUGCACAGAAAGAACAAGAUGUAAUCGAACCACCUGUUGCUUCCCCACGAGCAGCAGAUCAAAAGAGUAAUAGUAACUCAUCAACCCCAUCACCAAACAACAGUAAUUUCAAAUCAUCUAAUAAUAAUACAACAACACCACCAACACCCAAUAAUAGUAGUUAUAAACCAUCAAACAACAACAACAACAAUAAUAAUAAUAAUAAUUCUGUAACAUUAAAUUCUAAUACAAAUACAACAACAACUUCUUCUGCUUCUUCAACUACUUCACCAACUUUAACAUCAACACCGACCGGUGAAGAUAAUAAUACAACAACCAAUACAACAACCACACCAAAGAACAACAAUAAGAAUAAUGUCAACAGAAGAUCAAUGGCAGACCAUACAUUGACAAAAGAAGGUCAACCAUUAUCAUGUUUAUUAGUUGGUUGUAUUUACUUGUUAAGAUACAUAGAAACUAGAAUGAAUGGUAGAAAUAGUAAUAUUAGUAUAAAUGGUGAAUAUGAAAAUAAUAAUAUCAAUAAUAGUAGUAGUGGUAGUAGUAAAUAUGGCAAUGACACUAUGAUAUCAUCACCACCUCUUGGAGAAUCAAACGAAAUGAUCGAUCAAGACUAUUUAAACACUCUAAUCGAUCAACAUAGAAAUGCUGUCAUCACAACCGAUUGUAUAACCGUAUCUUCUCCAUCACCUAUUCUUCGUGCCAAACAGAAUCAACAACAACAACAACAGAGUAAUAAUAAUAGUAGUAGUAAUAGUAGUAAUAAUAGUAAUAAUAAUAGUAAUAAUAGUAGUAGUAAUAAUACACCAAGUAUAUCUUCACCUACAUCACCAUCGAUGACUGUAAAUAAUGGAACAUCAUUAAAUCAUUCACCUCCAACACUGAGUAGUGGUGUUAACAAUGGUAAUAAUAAUAAUAGUAUUAGUAGCAGUAGUAACAGUACUUCUACAACAACAUCACUGAGAUCCAGUAGAAGAAUGAACAACAGUGGUAAUUUCGCAUUGAAUAGCAGUAGUAAUGGUGGAGGUGGUGUAGAUGAAGAUGGUAAUGGUGUAAAGAUUUACUUUGGAAAGUUAUCAUCCAAUUCACUACCUGACCGUACUGUUAUUAAAGAUAUUAUAGCAAUGUUAAAAGAUCCACAAUUAGGAUUACCUAUUAAAGAUAGAUACAGUGGAUUUCAACAUCAUAAACAAUGCUUUCAUGGAUUUGAGAUGGUGGAUUGGUUGAUCAAUCAUGAUAUCUGUGCGAAUCGAUAUAAUGCCACUCAACUUGGGCAGUAUCUACUGGAUAAAUCAAUCAUUAGACACGUCUAUUGUGAUCAACCAUUUAGAGAUAUCAAUCAACUCUAUUGUUUUAAAGAUUUUCUUGGUAUUAAUGAUGAUCAAAUAUAUUCGUUGGUUCAAAUUAUGAAGAAAGAACAAACAGGUGUACAGAGAAUGGAUAGAACUAGAAUGUUUAAGAAAUAUAAAGAUUGUUUCAUUGGAUCUGAGGCUGUUGAUUGGCUACUCAAAAAUCAUCCAAAUUAUGUUACAAACAGAGAUGAAUCAAUUAAAUUAUGUCAAGAAAUUAUGAAUUUAGGUUUAAUUGUAUCAGCUUCAAAUGCAAAAGAAGUAUUUAAAGAUGAUAAAACAUAUUAUGUAUUUAGAAAUAUAAUAUUUGGUGGAUAUCUUGGAAAAAAGAAAAAAGCAACCAACGAAAGAAAGAUAAAGUGGUUCGCUUUAAGAGAGGACGGUGGCAAUAUAUUGUGGUAUUCGAACUCACCUAAGGAUCCAUUCACUCACAAAGGUAUCGAUUUGAGUAAUGCUUACAUUAGAGAGUGUCAAUGUAGUGGCGGUGGUAACGAGUGUUUCGAGAUAGUCUCCUAUCAACGAAUCUUUUGUUUGAAGUGCUCCAACUUGAACUUCUUGAAGAUCUGGGCAGAGAUACUCUCAUUACACACCACUGCAAUCAGCGAUGAGAACGACCUCUUUGAAGAAGCGGAAGAGAACAUCCAAUAUGAAUCCGUAAAACAAUCUGAUACCUUUAUAGAUUCAUUUAAUCAACUUGGAAAUAUCAACAGCAACAACAACAAUGUCAAUAAUAUCAAUAAUAGUCAAGUAAUUAGAAAUAAUAGUAAUAUAUCACUUGAUAGUAGUAGUUUAAAUAAUAGUCAGAGUAAUCACAGUGAAUUAAUGUUAUCUUCAUCAACAAACAAUAAUAAUUUGAAUAUCAGUAGCAGUAUGAAUAAUAACAAUGAUAAUAGUAUUAAUAAUAAUAAUAAUAACAAUAGUGAAACACCUUCUUCAUCUUCACUUACUAAUCAAUUAGAGUAUUCAAUGCAGCAUUUGAAUAGUUUAGGUAGUAGUAACUCUAAUACAAAUAGUAAUAGCAAUAGCAAUUCAAAUAGUAUCAAUAAUAGCAAUAGUAACAGUCAAGAGAAUCUAAAUAGUAUAAAUAUUAGAAUGGAGAAUCAUCAUAUCAUAACACCACCAAUAUCAUCAGUAGAUGAAAAAGUAAAGAUUGAUGUUUUAGAUAUCAAUGGUAGUGAUACAAUUCAUAAUGAUAUAGAUGAUAUUGUUAAAGAUGAUGAAAUAGAUUAUACUAUUGAUGAUAAUAAUAAUAAUAAUGAUAAUGAUAAUAAUAAUAGAAGUUUAAAUGAAGAGAGAUCAUCUUUAGAUAGUAUAGUAACAUCUGUGAUAGAUGAACAACAACAAUCAAUACCACCAACCUUUGAGAAUGGAAGUGAGACAUAUGUAGAGAAUAACGACAAGAUACACGAACCACACUACUUUUAUUCUACUAAAGAUCAUCAUGAGAAACCAGAGAAUAUUGAGGAGACCGACCAAGUAAGCAUACUACCUCAACAACCAAAAGAGACUAUUGUUGUAUCGAUUGAAGAGAAUACAUCCACCAAGAACAUUAUUGUUAAAAAAGAAAAUGACGAUGUCAAUGUAGAAGUAGAGCAACCAAUUAAUAGUAAUAUAAUAGUAGAAGAGAUAAAAGAGCAAUUGAUUGUCGGUGAAGACGAAACAAAGGAUAUAGAGCAAGUAAAGGUAGAGGAGGAAUUGGAAUACGAAGAGGUAGAAGAGGAAGUAGAGAUUGAAAUAGAAGUAGAGGAGAUUGAAGUAGAUGAAUAUGAAGAGGAAGAAGAAAAAGAACAAGAGAAAGAGAAAGAGAAAACAAAGGAGAAUAUAAAUGAAGAUGAACAUUUAGAUGAUAUCUUGGAACUAAUGAAACAAGAUGAUCCUGCUUUAUCUGCCUCACCUUCUAUCAUUACUAAUUUAAAUAAUAAUAUUGUAAAUGACCAACCUGUAACAUCACAACAACAACAACAACAACAACAAGUAAAAGAUAAUAAUGAUAAUAUAGAUAGUAUAGCAAUUAAAAAUCAAAUAAUUUCAUCAUCAUUAACAACAAACGAUGAACAAACACCAAUAUCAAGUAGUAACAGUAGCAAUGAUGAAGAUAAUCAAUCAAUCGAAUAA